UCAUAUAUUGAGACAUUGCCAUCAAUAGAUUCAAUCCCACCCGUAGUUAGAGGCAUUCUUUUGAGAGUCGAACAGCAGCAAAGCAGUCCGCCUCGUGUUGUGGUUUUGGUUCUUCCAUUCCUUGCUCUGCUACAUGGGUGUUCCGAAGGUGCUCGCGGAUCUCCGGGCCCGAGUGGGCAGCAUCGACCCCGAGCGGCCCGUUGUCGGGAUCCUCGCCUUCGAGGUGGCGGCCGUCAUGUCGCGCUUCGUCUCCCUGCACCGCUCCCUCGCCGAGGACGAGGUCCGCCGGCUCCGCACCGAUAUGCGGUCCCAGGGCGUCGCUUAUCUAACUUCCAAGGACCAGCUCUUCCUCCUCCGCCUCGCCUGCGCCGAGCUGGUGGCCGAGCUCGACAAGGCCGCCGCCGCCGUUUCCCGCAUUGCUGCCAAGUGCCAAGAUCCCCUCCUCCGGGGCUUUGAUCGCAUAUACGAUGGCCUCAAGGCCGGCGUGGCCUGCCCCGUUCUCAGGGGUGGCCGCGUCGCCGAAUUGGAGAGGUUCGGGUUGGGCUCCACCGCGAAGGGGGUCGAGAAGCGAGUCAAGAGGUUGGAGAGGUACGUGGCGGCGACCUCCCUGCUGUACGCGGAGAUGGAGGCGCUGAACGCGCUGGAGGCGUCGGAGCGGCGGAUGGAGCAGCAGUGGCGGCGGCACAGCGGCCCGAUCCCGGUGCAGAAGCCGGGCGUGUCGCCCGCACCUUCCCCCAUCCAGCUCGAGCUCCGGUCCCAGCGUCACAAGGUCCGGCGGCUCAAGAAGAUUUCCCUUUGGAACAAGACCUUCGAUGAGGCGGUGGAUUUCAUGGUCCGCGCGGUGAUCACUGUCUUCGCCAGGAUCUCCGCUGUCUUCGGUCCCUGCGUCCUCGGCUUGCCUCCUCUACCGGACAGAAGCCGUCCGACUCUGAUGCUCCGGGGUAGCCCAGAUUUCCUCGGCAAACACUCGUCGGGGCCCCUGGAGCAACCGUCGAAGAUGGAUGUGCCCGUCUUGAGGAAUUCAGCUCCCAUGUUCAUGACCAACGAAUCGCUCGCAAAGCCAUUCGAGAGUUUGAGCAGUUUGUUGCAAGCAGGUCCGAGCACCGUUGGCGGCUCGGGAUUGUUGUCGCGGUACGCCAAUGUGAUCGUGGCCGCGGAGAAGAUACUCAUAACGAGGUCGGUCGAGGGCCACGCGGCACAAAACGACGAGGUGGUGGAGGAGGACGCGGCGGCGAGGGAGGAGCUGUACCACAUGAUGCCGUCGGCGAUGCGGGCCUCGGUGCGGGCCAAGCUGAGAGAGUGCUGGAGGAGUGAGGGCGGGACGGUGGACGGGUCGCUGGCGGAGGGGUGGAAGGAAGCGGUAGGGAGGAUCCUGUCCUGGCUGGGGCCGGUGGCACACGACACCCUGCGGUGGCAGGAGGAGCGUAACAUCGAGCGGCAUCAUCGGUUCCACACCCGGCCGAGGGCGCUGCUGCUGCAGACUUUGCACUUCUCGGACAGGGAAAAGACCGAGGCCGCCAUCGUCGAGGUGCUCGUCGGGUUGAGCUGCAUGUGCUGGUACGACGACCGGGGUCGUGAGCUUCUAAGGUUUUAAGCUCCAUCAAGAAGAUCACAAGUUACAGAUGCAAACACCUACGAUUCUUUUGUUAGAUCGAGUUCUUUAUGAACAGCUCCGCGGGAAUUCGUAUGAACAUUCCUGAAUUCGAGAAGUUCCAACCAGCGGAGUGCGUUUGCGAAUUCCCCUUGUCAUCCUUUAGAUUACGUUUGUGAAUACUAUCCAUACUUACAAGUCUUUUCCGA